CUGAACAAACUCGUCUCUGUUCCUUUCAGUUUCACUCGUUAACGCAAAACCUUCGUCCCAACUAACGAGUCACGACUGAGCCACAACUCACCCGAGUCACGACUGCCUUGACGCCUCCCCGAUCGAGUUGAGAGGAGGACGCAUAUCACGCAGAUCGCAGGAAGCUUUUACGCAGUCGAAUUCGAGCUUUUCGGUUUGGCAAUCUCUCGAAUUCGAGCUUUUCCGUUUGGCAAUCUCUCCCAUUUCUUCCAUGGAAGCUGCUCCAUUGGUCAGUCUCUAAGCCGCGGUUGUUGGUAGAUCCGAAUUCGGUUUCGUAACAAUGUCUUCGUGGCUCAAGGCUGCUGAAGAUUUGUUUGAAGUUGUUGAUCGAAGGGCAAAGCUGGUUGUCAGUGAGUUGGAUGAUCAGUCGCCUUCCCAAUCACCAGCUUCUAAUGGGCAAGGAUCUCAAGCCAAGAGAAAAAAGUCGAAGACCAAGGCUCAAAAGAGACAGUCCACAAAUGAAUCUCAGAAAAUGAGUGAUUCUGCACGUGAGCAGAUUAGUACGUUGACAUCACAAACAGACGUGACACCUGAAAAAGACAGUGAUGCUCAUCUAAAGGAAAAUGAAGGGGCACCCUCUGCAGAUCCUACAAGUCAAACCAUCAACGAGCAGCAACAGAAUCAUGAGAAAGAUCCCACAAUAAGCAUUCCCUUAACAGAGGCACGGGCAAUUGAAGUUGGUGAAAGUAAUGCUGAACAAGCAGAAGCUUCAAUAAGUCUUACUGAUAGGGAGGCUAAUACAUCAACUUCUAAUGGUAAGCUUGUCAGUGAGAUUGACUCGGAUGGUCGUGAAGAACAUCCUUUGCCAUCACCUGCCAAAGAAGUUGAGGUUGUGGAUGAAAACCAUCAGGUUGAAUCAGUUGGUGCUGGCCAAGAUAACAAAUCUAGAAAUUCAGAUGUUCAUCCAGAAAUUGACCAAGGGAGAACAGAGUCUAUAAAUACAGAUGCCAUCAGUAACAGAGAAACCCAACCGAAAGUUGCUGAUGGCAAUGAGGAACCAGUUGUUGAGAAAAGUAAGCCAAUUGAGCAUAAAUCUGGUAGCUCUCCUUUAAAAGUACAGGAGCAGGAUCAAAUUGAGGAGGCUCAAGGAUUGCUUAAAACUGCUGUUUCCACUGGUCAGUCUAAAGAAGCAAGGUUAGCAAGGGUUUGUGCUGGACUUUCAUCCCGACUUCAAGAAUACAAAUCUGAAAAUGCACAGCUAGAGGAGCUUCUCGUGUCAGAGAGAGAGCUGAGUAAGUCGUAUGAGGCUCACAUAAAGCAACUACAAAAAGAUUUGUCCACAUCUAAAAGUGAAGUGACGAGAAUAGAGUCAAAUAUGGUUGAGGCCUUGGCAGCAAAAAAUUCGGAAAUUGAGGCACUUGUCAGUUCCAUGGAUGGACUUAAGAAACAGGCUGCCUUAUCUGAAGGGAAUCUGGCAUCGCUGCAGGCAAACAUGGAGUCUAUGAUGAGAAAUAGGGAGCUGACAGAGACAAGGAUGAUGCAGGCUCUUCGAGAGGAGUUGUCUACUGUAGAACGUAGAGCAGAAGAAGAGCGUGCCGCACAUAGUGCAACCAAAAUGGCUGCCAUGGAAAGGGAAGUAGAACUGGAACACAGAGCCCUUGAGGCAUCCACAGCCCUUGCAAGGAUCCAGAGAAUAGCAGAUGAGAGGAUUGCAAAGGCAUCAGAGCUUGAGCAGAAGAUGGCAUUGCUUGAGGUUGAAUGUGCCAAUUUAAAUCAAGAGCUGCAAGAAAUGGAAGCUAAAGUUCGGCGUGGGCAAAAGAAGUCGCCAGAAGAGGCAAAUCAAGCAAUUCAGGUGCAGGCAUGGCAGGAAGAAGUGGAACGUGCACGCCAAGGUCAGAGGGAUGCAGAGGGCAAGCUUUCUUCGUUGGAGGCUGAAGUACAAAAAAUGAGAGUUGAAAUGGCUUCUAUGAAGAGGGAUGCAGAGCAUUACUCACGCCAGGAACACAUGGAGCUAGAGAAACGCUAUCGUGAACUCACUGAUCUACUGUACUACAAGCAAACACAAUUAGAAACCAUGGCUAGUGAAAAAGCCGCAGCAGAGUUUCACUUGGAAAAGGAAAUUAAGCGUAUCCAGGAAGCACAGGUGGAGGCUGAAAGAAGUAGAGUUUCCCGUCGGGCAUCAGCAUCGUGGGAAGAAGACGCUGAAAUGAAGGCACUUGAGACUCUUCCGUUGCAUCAUCGUCAUAUGGCUGGGGCAAGCAUACAGUUACAGAAGGCAGCAAAAAUGUUAGAUUCAGGGGCAGUCAGGGCCACAAGAUUUCUCUGGCGGUAUCCAACAGCUCGACUCAUCUUACUAUUCUACCUGGUAUUUGUACAUCUCUUUUUGAUGUAUUUGCUGCAUAGCCUUCAGGCUCAAGCAGACAAUUUUUCCGCUAGAGAAGUCGCAGAGUCCAUGGGACUUGGUCACACUAACUUACCGUGAUUUGGUAGUUGCUUGCUCCAUGCCAGAAGCUACUUCCGCAAAAAUGACAAUUCACAGAAUGCGUUGUAUGAAGGUAUAUAUAGUUGCUUUUAUCUCCAUUCUUUGUCGAGGAUGCGCGCGUGCGAAAUCUCGAUCAUAUAUAUAUGUUGUCGAAGUUAACAGGCUCCAUCGAAAUAACGCAUGAGUCACUGCUUUUGUUCGUCUUACAAACUUUGCUUCUGCUCUGCAGAUGUGAAGAUUUUCGUACAUAUAUGUACUUGGCGACUUGUAAUUCUUUCAUUGCAUCCUCAAUUUUUUGUGUGUUGUCAAGAAAUAUUUGUGACCUGAUUGAAUGAAGUUGUGAAUGUGAAUUACACAUGUAUAUUCAUCAA